UCCUAUUGCAUAGUCCAUCUUUUCCUGUCAGAUCCACUUCUCACCUCCUAAAUUUCACUCACAAAUUCCUCUGGUUCUUCAUUCUUCCACUCCAAACACAUCAGCACAUUCUUCCCUACACAUCAGCAAAGACUUGGGGAACUUUGAGCAAAAAAUCUUUUUUUCAUGUCAGUGUCAUUUUUCAGGUUCAAUAUUCCAAGAACUGACCUGCAUUAUAUCCAGAAACUUUCCAAAUAGCAAUGGCCAGACUGUUGCAAGAUCCAUCUAAACUUCAUGCCUCAGAAUGGUACACUGCAAACAGGUUGCAGCGUGCCAGUACAGAGUCCCAGAAAUCCAGGUCAGAAUGCAUGACAGCUGAGAGUUGCAGGCUGGUGGAUGAAAUAGAAAAGACAACUCAAAAAACUCAAAGUGAUGUCAACAAGAAAUUAGAACAGAGACGGGAAGAGAUAAAAUUCUGGAAGCAAGAAUUAGAUAACAAGCUAGAACAAAUUGUUCAUGAGACAGAGAUUUUGUUGACUUUCAAGAAUAGGCUGGAGAGAGCUUUGGAGGGCUGCAAAGAGCCCCUUGUCAUUGCCCAAAAGUGUCUCCUGUACAGGCAGAAGCGAGUUGGGGUUGACUUGGUGCAUGAUGAAGUAGAACAGGAACUGCUGAAGGAAGCUGAAGUCCUCCAGGGGAUUAUUGCUUUACUUGGACGUACAUUGGAACAAACAAAUGAGCAAAUCAGACGAAACCGUUCAGCAAAAUAUGACCUGGAAAUGGAUCUGAAGGACAAAUUCAUAGCUUUGACAAUUGAUGAUUACUGUGCCAGCUUGACAAAUGACAGUCCUCAUAUUAUAUAUGCUGAUAAUGCAAUGGAACUAGAAGGAAAUUUUGUUAGCCCUGAGGACUGGAUAGAUUUCUCAAACAUAAAUGUUGAAAAGGCUGACAAGCAGCGAAACAAUUCUUUGUCACUGAAGGCACUUAUCGAUGGCAUCCUUUCACAGAUAGCAAAUGACAUGCGCAGGCAAUGUGAGAUGGUGAAUACUGCUUUUAGAAAUAGGGUGAAGGAAGUCAAGGAUGCCAAGGACAAGCUAGAGACACUUCUUGCAAUGGUGAUGGAUGAGACUGCCUCACAGGAGAAGAACAUUGCAGCCUUAAAGAAAGCAAUUGCUGAUACGGAAGCACCUGUAAAAGUGGCCCAAACCCGCUUGGAAGCGAGGAACCAUCGCCCCAAUGUGGAACUGUGCUAUGACACAGUGCACAGCAGCCUGAUGAGUGAAGUCCAAGAGAUUACCAAAAAUCUUCAAAGAUUAAAGGAUGCACUGGCACAGGCUCAGAGCGAGCUGAAAGGCCUGAGCCGCCGGCAGCUUUCCUUGGAGGAAGAGAUCAAGGUCAAGGAGAACACACUAUACAUUGAUGAAGUGCUGUGCAUGCAAAUGAGAGAGUCUGUUUGCAUAAACAAUUACUGAAGUCAUUAUACUGGGAGACUGUGCUCCAAAGAACCAGCUCCUACUGAAAUUUUAUUUGCAAACUUCUAAAUUUAUUGGCUUGGCUCAAUGCUGUCUAGUUGCACAAGGUAGUUAAAACAGACCUAGUACUUACAGCUGUUUGUUUCAGGACUAUCUAUGCUCUAAAAUGUUUGAUGAAAUCUUCCUCUUGGCAAUAAACACCAGAAUAAUGAGAAA